UUUAUAUGCCGGAAAUACAGCUAAAUUUCUUAUUUAAGAAUUUCUUAAUACGCGUCUCGACCGCGUUUCUCUCUUGUCACCUUCCUUUUCGCAGAGAAAUAAAAAUGAGUGAAAAUCUCGCUUUUUUUUUUCUUUGGCAAUAUUGAAGAGAUACCUUUAUUAUUUCAUUUAUUCUGACAUAUUGGCUUUCGGCAAGCAGCGCUCCUCUCAUGAACUUGUUUAUUACAUAAUAACGCAACCGGUUUUGGUACAUACGUAUAUAAGCGGGGAUAUUUUUCUUUACCAUGCGCGGGCCAGUGUAAAUCCAACUGAUGAAAUCGUCGUCGCGAGUUAAAGCGCGAACUGCAGUCGCGCACAGUGCGUUCAAUCGCUGAAGUUGUACUCCGGCAUUGGGAACGUGUUUAUCUCUGUUUAACGUGUUUAUCUCGUACAAAUACAAUAUAUAUAUACGUAUAUUAUUGUAAAAAUUUUAAUGUUUUACGUAUAUAAACGCGAUUUAAACUAAUGUUACAUUAGAAAAUAAAAAAGUGUGCAUAAAUCGUAUUAUCAAGAAAGAUCUUUUUCUCGAAAGAUAAAAAAUAGAUUGUUUGCAACGAGAAGAAGAUUGUGACCAGUCAAUCGUGGGAAAGAAACUGAUUUUACGACCUUCGAUAUUUCUUAACAUCCUUCAGAAUGAAAUUCGGCCACACGAUCGACGAAUCGCGGAAGAAAUAUCCGGAAAUAACGAACGAGCUCUUGGAAUGCCUACAAAAAUGGGCGAAGGAUCGAGGUCUUCCCAGAAUUCCCGAAGAGCAAUUGGCGUUAUUUGCGCAUAGCUGUUAUUUCGACAUGGAUGCCACGAAACAAUGCAUGAACGUUUAUUACAGAAUGCGGACCACGGUUCCGGAAUUUUUUAAAGACCGGGACAUCAGCCUCGACUACCUCCGGCAUUCAUUGAAAGCCUUAGAGUUCGUGAUGCUUCCCAAACCAGAUCCAAAUGGUAAUAAGAUACUUUUUCAUCGAGUAGCGGAUACACGACCAUCCCAGUACGUGUUCAAUGAUGGCGUUAAGCUGUUGCUGAUGUCAAUCGACGCGAGCCUCUACACGGACGGUUGUUCGCCAGGAUACAUAUUCCUCUUCGACAUGGACGGUAUACGACUCGGUCACUUGACCAAAUUAACGAUAAACAGUCUUCGCAGGUUCUUCGAAUACCUCCAAGAAGGCAUGCCGGUAAGGCUGAAGGGCAUCCACGUGCUGAACGCGGUCUGGUUUAUGGACAAGGUGCUCGCGCUCAUCAGACCGUUAAUGAAGAGAGAGCUUUACGAAAUGCUUCACCUUUACACCGGUGAUGUCUCCGACGUGUAUCCUCAUAUACCGCCCGAAUGUCUGCCAAAAGAUUUUGGUGGGGAAUUGGACUGCGUCGCGAGUCUUCAUAAAGCGCACAGCAUGAAGCUAGAUCAAUUGCAGAAUUAUUUUCGAGAGGAAGAGACUCUAUUUCGCAAUUAUUUGCCUGACAACGCGAAAACCGCGAGUUAAAUAAUUACGCCAGACGCUGCCGAGGAUCUAAAGGAUCAUCAUAACGGCAAUGAUAGCUGAUGUAAGAAGUUAAGCGUUAAGCACUAGAGUUACCUAUUUGCCGCGCAAUGGAUAUAAUAAAUAGCAUAAGUCACUUACCGCAUAAUGUACAGUUAAAUAAAGAUACAGUUGCGUUGCGUCA